CUAUCCAUUGCAAUCUGAAUCCAAAUGGUAUUGAUCACCCUGUCCCCACAGAAGGUAUUAAUCUGCAACUUGAAGGUGAAGGAGUUGAGUCGCCCUCUGUUAAGAACACUAGUACUCCAAAAGGGCCUGAGUCAAAAGAGACACCCAAGAGACAACAAGCGGAGCCAGAAAUAUCUAAGGUAAAAUACCAGGUCAAUUCUUCCGUGUCUGUCAUUGAACUAGAUCCAGUACAGGACGGCAUUGAUCAAAAUCACUGCUACUGGCAGUCUGUUUUGUGGCCAAUUAUCAAGAAUGUUGCUGACUUCUCUUGA